GUCUAAGUGGUGAGGUUUGGAACUGUUGUCUGGUUGUGCACCUAUCACCAUGGUUGACCUUCGCAGUGGGAAGAGCACCAUGCCCUAUAGCAAGGCUCAAGAGGAGCAAACCGCCGCCAUCCUGAGAGAGAGAAAGGAGAAGGAGCUCAUUCAACAAGCGAAGAUGAAGAUGAUACCAGACGAGCAGGCGGUGAAGAAAAAGAAGUUAGAGGAGGAGAUGAAGAGAUUGCAGCAAGAGGAGGAAGAGAGAUUGAAGGCUGCAAUAGAGGAAGAGAUUGAAGAGGAGGAGGAGCCGGAAGAAGAGUCCCUCAGAAGAAGAGGCAUGGGGGGAAGAGGAGAAAGCAAUCGCAUGAAGGAAGAUGACCCGUGGGUAGAGAAGAGUGAUCCCAUAGAGCGCCAGGCCAUAGAAAAUGAAAAGAGGUUGGACUGGAAAUUGCGCCUGGCGAGAGAGAAGAAGAGGAGGACGGAGGAAGCCAACUGGGUGGCUAGGGAAGUGGAAAGUUUACAAACUUGUAGACAGGAAGUAGAGGCCCAGCCUGAUAUUCAAGCCAAGUUAGACAAGAUUAUUGGGAGCAUCGAGCUCCUAGGUAGGGCCUGGACUGAGCACCAUCAGUCUGUUAGGGGCCAAGACAUGGCCCUCCACUCCAUCCGGUCUGGUUUCAGAGAAUUCGCGCGGGGUGUAAUGACAUAUGUAGGGAACGAGGUUAGGAAGCUAAAGGAGGGCGCAAGGAAAUUCUGCACAGGCGCCAUCGAGGACACCAAAGAAGCGGUCGCUGCAGAGAUGGAAGUGCGUACCCGCGAAGAGCCUGUUAAGCUUAAGUUUCAUGACUCUUAUGGCGGGAAGGAGGAGGAGAACUUUGAUAAUUGGGAGGCUAGUAUUAACACCUAUGUGCAUCUCCAACACAUUGUGCCUGAGGAACAAGUCCUAGUAGCCUUCCAUGCUUUAAAGGACGAAGCGGCUAGUUUUGCCAGGUCCCUCGCGUGAGUAGCCGAUUGUGAAAACAAUAUCGUUGCAUAUUCUAAACUCACCCCUCUUCAUAAAUUCCUUACACUCCUUAGAGAGAGAUUCACAGACGUCACACGAGGCGUCAAAGCCUCUGAUAAACUGCAAAUGAUCCA